AUGACUUCUCCGACGAGUCAACGCCGCCCUCGCGGUGGCAGCGAGGACCAAGGCAAUGGUGUCUUCGACGAUGCGAAAACCUACUACACCUCAGAGGAGCGCCAUGUCAACCGUGCUGGACCUCGAACCAGAACCUACUCACAGAACAGCUUGUUCCAGCAAUUCGAGCGCAUGGGACUUCGCGAGCCCUUCCGAAGAGGCAGUCACGACGAAUCCUCAAACCUUGCGAACCGAAAAUUCCUCAUUCAGGUAGACGAGACGCUCAAGAGCUUGCAGGCUCAAGAAGAUACCGAUGGAAACAUGCAAAUCACCAUUGAGGACAAUGGUCCCAAGGUCUGGUCUCUGAGAACUGCUGCCUCCGCGGGCCACAACCGUUUCGAUGUCCGAGGAACCUACAUGCUUUCCAACCUGCUGCAAGAGUUGUCGCUUGCCCAACAAUACGGCCGCAAACAGAUCAUCCUCGACGAGGGCCGCCUGAACGAGAACCCCGUGAACCGAUUGUCGAGACUUAUCAAAGACCACUUCUGGGAGGGAUUGACGAGAAGAAUUGAUGCUUCGACCGUGGAGAUUGCAGCUAAAGAUCCCAAGGACUGGACCGAUGACCCCCGUCCGCGUAUCUAUGUUCCUGUUGGAGCUCCGGAACAGUUCGACUUCUACACCAAGGUGGCUCACGACCGCCCAGAGAUCCGGUUGGAUGUCGUCAGGCUUCCCGAGGUCAUUACGCCUGAGCUCGUUCGCGACAUGAACGCCAAGCCCGGCCUUCUCGCCGUGGAAAUGGAGAAGAUUAAGGAUCCCAAGACGGGCGAGGACACACUCAGGGGUCUUCCCUUUGUGGUGCCGGGUGGACGCUUUAAUGAGCUCUAUGGCUGGGACAGCUACAUGGAGUCACUUGGUCUUUUGGUUAACGACAAAGUCCAUCUGGCUAAAUCCAUGGUGCAGAACUUCUGUUUCUGUAUCCGUCACUACGGCAAAGUUCUCAACGCUACUCGCUCCUACUACCUCUGCCGUUCUCAGCCCCCCUUCCUCACCGACAUGGCCCUCCGCGUCUACGAGAAGAUCAAGCACGAGCCUGAUGCCAAGGAAUUCCUUCGCACGUCUAUGCUCGCCGCUAUCAAGGAGUACCACAGUGUCUGGGUCGCUGAGCCGCGUUUGGACCCCGUGACUGGUCUCUCGAGAUAUCGGCCUGAAGGAUUGGGUGUUCCCCCCGAGACGGAGGCAGACCACUUUGUCCACAUUCUCGAGCCCUACGCCGAGAAGCAUGGCAUCACCUGGCAAGAGUUCGUUCAGGCCUACAACCACGGCAAAAUCAAGGAGCCGGAGCUGGACGACUACUUCCUGCAUGACCGAGCUGUGCGUGAGUCUGGCCACGACACCUCCUACAGGCUGGAGAAGAUCUGCGCCGAUCUUGCGACCAUUGACCUGAACUCGCUUCUCUUCAAGUACGAGACUGACAUCGCCCGCACCAUCCGGAACGUCUUCAACGAUAAGCUCGUCAUCCCUGACGAAUUCGCUGUUGGACCGCUCAAGGCUGGCGAAGUGGUUACUUCGGCAAUCUGGGACCGUCGGGCGAAGCGCAGAAAGCUCGCCAUUGACAAGUACCUCUGGAACGAGGAGGCGGGUAUGUACUUCGACUACAACACCGCCAAGAAGGAGCAGUGCGACUAUGAAAGUUGCACCACUUUCUGGGCCUUGUGGGCAGGCGUCGCCUCUCCCAAGCAGGCGGCAGCCAUGGUCCAGCAGGCCCUGCCCAAGUUCGAGGCCGUCGGCGGUCUGCUAUCAGGCACAAAGAAGUCUCGUGGUGAAGUUGGCCUGGAGCGACCUAAUCGCCAGUGGGAUUAUCCCUACGGCUGGGCUCCUCAGCAGAUGCUUGCCUGGACUGGACUUGUCCGAUACAGCUUCAACGAGGAUGCUGAGCGUUUAGCGUACAAGUGGCUGUUCAUGAUGACCAAAGCCUUUGUUGACUUCAACGGAGUGGUCGUCGAGAAAUACGACGUUACUCGACCAAUUGAUCCUCACAGGGUCGAUGCAGAGUAUGGUAAUCAGGGUCUCGAUUUCAAGGGUGUCGCCAAGGAGGGUUUCGGAUGGGUUAACGCAAGCUAUGUGUAUGGACUGCAGAUUGUCAAUGCACACAUGCGGCGUGCUCUUGGAACGCUUACCCCUUACGAGACCUUUGUGAAGGCCGUUGAAGAGAACAAUGAGAAGCAGCUUGCCGAGCUCCUCUGA